AUGCUGAACAAUCACACGAGUGAGCACUUUUCAUUUUUGGGCAUUAACAAUCAGUCCAACCUGACAGACAUGCGGUGUCGGACUACCUUCUACACAGCACUUGGGCGUCUCCUCAUGGUGGAUUUAGGAGAGGAUGAGGACCAGUAUGAGCAGUUCAUGCUGCCGCUCACCGCAGCGUUUGAGGCGGUGGCCCAGAUGUUUAGCACCAAUAGUUUCAAUGAGCAAGAGGCAAAGCGAACUCUAGUUGGCCUGGUAAGAGACCUGAGAGGGAUAGCUUUUGCCUUCAAUGCCAAGACCAGUUUCAUGAUGCUGUUUGAAUGGAUAUACCCAUCCUACAUGCCAAUUCUUCAGCGGGCAAUUGAGCUGUGGUACCAUGAUCCAGCCUGCACCACACCUGUGCUCAAGCUGAUGGCUGAAUUAGUUCAUAACAGAUCCCAGCGGCUCCAGUUUGAUGUCUCUUCCCCCAAUGGCAUCUUACUCUUCAGAGAAACUAGCAAGAUGAUCACGAUGUAUGGCAAUCGCAUCCUGACGCUAGGAGAAGUCCCAAAGGACCAGGUCUAUGCACUGAAGCUCAAGGGCAUCUCCAUCUGCUUCUCCAUGCUGAAGGCUGCUCUCAGCGGGAGUUACGUCAACUUUGGAGUCUUUCGUCUCUAUGGAGACGAUGCUCUGGACAACGCUCUCCAGACUUUCAUCAAGCUGCUCCUCUCCAUUCCCCACAGUGAUCUCCUGGAUUACCCCAAGCUCAGCCAGUCCUACUACUCACUACUGGAAGUCCUGACGCAGGACCACAUGAACUUCAUUGCAAGCCUGGAACCUCACGUCAUCAUGUACAUUCUCUCCUCCAUUUCUGAAGGACUUACUGCACUUGACACCAUGGUAUGCACAGGCUGCUGCUCCUGCCUGGACCACAUUGUGACGUACCUCUUCAAGCAGCUGUCACGUAGCAACAAGAAGAGGACAGCACCCCUGAACCAGGAGAGUGACCGCUUUCUGCACAUCAUGCAGCAGCAUCCAGAGAUGAUCCAGCAGAUGUUGUCAACGGUGCUGAACAUCAUCAUCUUUGAAGACUGCAGGAACCAGUGGUCUAUGUCCCGACCCCUACUUGGCUUGAUACUGCUUAAUGAAAAGUAUUUCUCUGACCUGAGGAGCAGCAUCGUGAACAGCCAGCCCCCAGAGAAGCAGCAGGCUAUGCAUCUGUGUUUUGAAAACCUGAUGGAAGGCAUAGAGCGGAAUCUUCUAACGAAAAACAGAGACAGGUUCACCCAGAACCUGUCCGCAUUCCGUCGGGAAGUGAACGACUCGAUGAAGAAUUCCACUUACGGCGUGAACAGCAAUGACAUGAUGAGCUGA